AUGAUGAGCUCCGACAGCAGUCCCACGACUGGGGCAUGGCCGCCGAGCCGUCGUUCUAAGCGAAGCAUGACGCGUAACAGCACGUUCGUCAUCCCCGCUACAGGCGAGCGAUCCAGGCGUCAAUUUACUCUUCGAACGUCCAGCAGCCUAAUCUCGAGCAGAAGCGCGAGGUUGGAGCGACGAUCCUCCAUGGGGCAAGCCACGGACCGAUUGCGCUCCUCUGCACGGAGGACAAAGGAUAAGAUUUUGGCUACCUGGAGAUGGCUAGACUCGCGCCAAGGCCAUCAAGUCCUCAAGUGCACGCUCGCCUAUCUCCUGGGCAGCACAGCUACCUUUUGGCCAGCUUUAUCCGACUUCCUGGGGCACCGCGAUGGCAAACACAUCGUAGCAACCUUGACAGUUUAUUUUCACCCGGCGCGUACGGUGGGAUCGAUGCUUGAAGCUGUGCUGAUAGCUAUCCUGGCGGUCGCAUAUGCUGAGAUCGUGUGUGUCCUCUCCAUGGUUGCGGGAAUUGCUUCUCGGACUAGCACAGGAUCCGUUGUCCCCGCCCACGCCAUCGUCUUGAUCAUCUUUGUUGGAGGAGGUCUGGGAUUCGUAGGAUGGAUUAAGCAGAGAAUGAACCAACCCCUUGUGAACGUCGCCACCACUCUUGCGUCCAUGGCCAUUAUAUCCGUCAUCACCAAGGAGCAAUCCGUCCAGGACGGCUACUUUUCCGGGGACAAAAUUAUCCAGGUGGCCAAGAUGCUGCUCUUGGGUAUCGUCUUCUCCGUGGCGGUGAAUAUGCUCGUGUGGCGCUUGUCAGCGAGGCGAGUCCUACGCGAGUCUGUGGUCACUGCUUCCCUGUGUCUGAGUGAUAGACUAUCUUUUGUCACGCGGGGGUUUCUCAACGGAACAGAAGACGAAAUCAACUCCCCAGAGUAUGCAACGGUGCGCAGCCGAUACGACUCCGCCUACGCGGAAAUGUCGAGAAUUUUGCGCGAAGCCAGGCUGGAACACUACCUUGUGGGACGCGAGGGGAUCUACAAGCUUGAUGAGCGCCUCUUUAAAUCCAUAGAGUCUCUGGACCAAGCUAUUGGGGGUUUGCGCUCCUCCCUAUCCACCCAAAUAGCACUCUUGAACGAGCUGCCGCCUGGUGCGUCGUCGCAGGAGGAGCCCAUCGGUUUGUCUCCAGGCUGCUCGGGAGUGUCAUCCAAACUCGGGCGAGUCGCCUCGGUCCUGCUUGAUGGCGUUGGAGAUGCCUUGUCUGUUAUUGAAGAAGGUGAGGAGGACUCGAGGCCACAGUCAAUCUCGCAACCCGAGCCAUUGAACAUGAGGACACCCUUGUUCCAAGCGCCCGCAGACAUCUUUUCACUCUUCAUCACAAUGUUGGGUCCAUCUUUGAAGUCCUUGGCUUAUACUCUUUCCGAGACUCUUCGAGAAUCUCCCUUUGGUGAAGACCUAGUCACGCAGGUAAAAGUCAACGACCAGCUUCGGGAAAGCCUGCGAGAUGCACUCAAUCUUUUCAACCGCGCCAAGAGCAGUGCUCUGCAAGAGCUGUACAAUACAAUUGAGCUGGGUCGAUUUCGAUCCGAAGCCAUCCAGGCAGAUAUUGAAGAGGUUGCUGCCGCAUGUGGACACUUUUCAUUCAGUCUUCGAGCCGUUGCCGACGAGAUGGACUCGUACUUGGAUGUGCUCGAAGAGCUGCAAUACGCUACUGAAACUCACUCUCGCAGCUGGGCAUGGCUAAAAUUCUGGAACCGAAAACGAUCGCCUAAUGACGGUGGCACACAAGAUCCGUCUUGCGAAACCCUCUUACGAGGCAACAACGACACGGUUCGAGGGCUGAAGAAACCGACAGAUGCGAGAGGCUUACCCGGCUCGAUGAAGAAGCGACGAGACGCGUUUCACUGGGAUGCUGCUCCGACCGCAAAUUCACUGCAGCGCAAAACGUCGCAGAGAAUCCUCAGCGUGAUGCGCCUUGUCGCUCGUGAAGACAUCUCAUUCGGCAUCAAGGUCGGGAUCGGCGCUGUGUUGGGGGCGCAGUUCGCCUUCAUACCGUGGACGCGUCCCAUGUAUCAGCACUGGAGAGGUGAAUGGGGCUUGCUGUCUUACAUGAUUGUCGUCGGAAUGACGACGGGUGCUUCAAACACCACCUCAACCUCCCGCUUGAUAGGCACUCUGAUGGGCGCCUCUUGCGCCUGCACAUCCUGGCUGGCCAGUCAGGGUAACGCCUACAUGCUCGCGCUGUUCGGCUGGAUCAUGGCACUAUGCAGCUUUUACAUGAUUCUCGUUGUCAAGAACGGUCCCCUUGGCCGGAUCGCCCUCUUGACGUACAACGUCACUGUUUUAUACGCGUACAGCAUCUCCCAGGACGUGGAUGACGACGACGACGAUGAAGGCGGCAAGCAUCCGCUCAUCUUCAACAUUACGUACCAUCGAGUCGUUGCCGUCGUGCUCGGCAUCAUAUGGGGCAUGGUUGUGUGCAGGCUGCUCUGGCCCAUUUCGGCUCGCAAGAAGUUCAGAGAGGGUUUGUCGGUGCUCUAUCUCCAGCUGAGUCUUUUAUGGAAACGGGAGCCGCUGAGCGUCCUGCUCGCACGCAGCAACACCCUGGAUUGCAUGCGCGAAGGGGAACAUGUUGCCCUGCAACGAUACGCAUUCAAGUUAGAGAUGCUUCGCACCUCUGCCAAAUCCGAGUUCGAACUUCGCGGCCCGUUUCCCGACGCAGCCUACGCCCGCAUCAUGCACUCCACCAAACGCAUCCUCGACUCGUUCUACGCCAUGCGCCUCCUCACGCAGCGCCACGAGACAGUAUCAGUAUCUGCGGGCGAAGACGCCCUCCUCGUCUUCACAAACGACGAGCGCGUCCGUCUCUGCCAGCGCAUCUGCCACAUCUUGCAGGUUCUCGCAUCGUGCAUUAUGCUGGAGCACCCUCUUACCGAUGCUAUCCCCACUAUAAGCGCCCCGAAGGACCAGCUUCUGGGCAAGAUUCACCAGUUUCGCAAAGAGCACAUGAACCAGGCGCUGAGAGACGCCGCGGAGGAACCGGACGGCAAGCGGGGCGGUGUUGUGGUGGAAGAGAAGGACUACGCCUUGCUGUAUGCGUAUACUUUGGUGACGGCCCAGCUGGCCGAGGAGUUGAGAAAGGUGAGGAGCGAGAUUGAGGGGCUGUUUGGCGUGCUUGACCAGGAUGAGCUGCUGUUGGAGUAG